AUAUUUGUGGAAAAAAUAACAAAACGUCAGUUCAUACAAAAAAUAAAAUUAUGAUAAAGUGACAUGUAAAAUUAAUUAAGAAAACCCAAAAAAAUGCAGUACUGUCGAACUUUUUAUGAAGUUUGUCGAUGGAAAGGACAACAAAUAUGGAGGACCAAGAUCAGGAACUAUCCCAAAACAAGUUCUUUUAAACACUAUUAUAGUACAUGCCCAGCUGGUAUGAAAGUCACCAUCUGUGGAGCGGCAGGAAACACAGGACAACCUUUAGCUCUGUUAUUAAAACAGUGUCCAUUACUCGACGAGAUAGCGUUGUACGAUGUAUGUGCCACUUGUGGUUAUGGCAUGGAACUGAGUCAUGUAGAUACAAAAUGCAAAGUGUCAUCAUUCUCUGGUCGUCACAUGCUCUGUGAUGCUCUUAAGGAUUCGAAAGUAGUGGUAAUAGUAGCGCGGAAUGGUUGCGAUACCUUCGAAAACAGUGCUCCUAUAGUAACCGAGAUUGCGUUACAGAUUUGUAAUACCUGCCCCUCUGCUUUCACAAUAAUUGCAACAGAACCCAUCGAAAGUAUGGUGCCACUCGUAGGGGAAAUCCAAAGGCUACGCAAUGUAUACAACCCUCGUAAAUUAUUGGGUUGUGUAGAACUGAACAGUGUGCGUGCAAAUACAGUCCUCGCCAAUUUUUUGAGAGCCCCACCCGAGGCAGUGAGGGUACCGGUUAUUGGUGGUGCUACCCCAAACACUAUGGUGCCAGUUCUUUCGGCUGCUGUUCAUCCAUGUACCAUGACGCAAGAACAGAUAGAAAGCAUUACGUCGUGCAUAAUGACUGCUGUAUGCGCAGCAAAGGGAUGCCAUGCAGAGACAGCCUGUCUUGCUGGUGCUUACGCUGUGGCCCGAAAUACUAUCAAUGUGGUAAAAGGACUGCAAGGCUCGAAAGAAGUAGUGCAGUGUGCGUAUGUCGACAGUUUAGGGACGUGCGCACCUGAUUGUCAAUUCUUUGCUAGUGAGGUUGUGUUGGGACCUUCGGGAAUAGAGAAAUACUUAGGUAUUCCAGAGCUGUCGAAAUUUGAGAAUUGUUUAUUGUGCAACUGUCUACCGUAUGUUAGGAAUGAAAUUGCUCGAGCCAUAUGGCUGGUAUACUCGAUGUGCCAACAAUGUUGUUGCGCCAACUGUCAUGUGCACCCUUGCACGUGCUACACGCCACCUAUAGCGCCAUGCGUGCCGCCAGUCAACUGGACUGGCGACUGCACGGACGCCUGUCGCGAUGAAUACCUAGCUUCUAUAUGCCGAGAAAUGACCUGUAGGUGUAGUAGUACAGAACUCUGCUGGCGACCUCGAGAAGUAGACUAUGAUGCGGCGAGAGCCGCCAACCUCACCCAUCAAAUGCCUCUUAAAAACGCAGCUUGCUCCGAGUGCCGAGUACCUAGGAGUGUACGAAUUGAACAAGAGAUAAGGGAGAAGGCAAUGGACCCCUGUGGUAGCUACUAAUUAAACAUACAACAAAAAUCUACAGAAACGAAAGCUUUAAGAUUUUGAAAAAGUCUACUCUCCACUACUUUAGAUAUUGAAUAUUAUUUCGGCAAGAGAGCUUGAGUGUUCAAGUUUUGAAACUAUUUCUCGAUAAAUGACUUCAUUUA